AGCAUCCGUAUAGCAACAGACCGAAGCUGCGAGGUUCUUGGCGGAUUUUCUAACAUCGCUGAGAGCCUGGCGCCCUGCACAUGAGCUGUGCGAUGUGAAGUCAUGACGCUUGCUUGCUGGUCUGUUGUGUGGUGGUCUUUUGAAUCUCUCUCUUAUGGAGUGCUCCUCCUAGAACAGUGGAUGUUCCUCUGGGGACUUGACUCAAAUGUCGAUGCGUUCUGUUCUGUGUGGGAACAAAAUUGGGUUGGAUGCGCCCAAAAAUAUGGCCUUGAGUCUUGGUGUGUGGCCGGGCCUUUGACGGUGCUGAGCAGACGCGAUCCCUGUAGUAAAAGGUCGAAAGGCUGCGGAGAUGAUCGAAAAAUCAGCUUGAGCGGAGUGUUGCGAUUCCUCAUCUGUUCCUUACGUUAUUUACUUGUCCCUUGAAGUGAAUCCAGUGAUCGGUAUUACCUACAAGUCAAUGUAAAUGUAAUCUCAAGCAUAUUUGGAGCCGCAAAUGGGUGAUGCAUUUGAGUCAGUCAAGACAUGGUAUUUCGU